UGGAUCUUAGGCAACCUGACGUGACGUUUAGUCCUUUUCUUUGAUGAGUUAAAAAUUCAGAGAAGACAUGAAAGAUAUUAUAUUUAUCACCCUGGAAAACCCUGCUACCACUAACAGUAUUUGAUUUACUUCCUGAUUGACCAGACAGAAAGCGUAUGACAUCUAGGAGGGGGAGUUGAGCCAAGAAAGGAUUUUUAAACUUUGAAGAGAAAAGGCAAAGAUUCCCAAAGUGAACUAUGGCACUGUCCAGCUGUCCAGCUCCAGCAUUGAUUGCAGACUCCUGCCUGGAGGGCUGGAAGGUGAUUGGCUCUGGGGGUUUUGGACAAAUCUACAAAGCCAGGCAUCGUCAGUGGUGCUGCGAUGUGGCCAUUAAACUGCUUCAUUACGACGACGGGACCAGUAAGUCUUUGCUGCAUGAGAUCGACAUGAUGCGUCAAGGAAGCAGCCCGUACGUUAUUCAGGUCCUCGGGGUUUUCAAAGGUCGGCUGCCCUCGUCUGUCACGUCAACGCAACUCGGUCUGGUCAUGGAGGUCAUGGAGAGAGGAUCACUGGCCUCCCUACAGGACACCUUAGAUGUAGCUAUUCCCUGGCCGCUAGUCGUGCGACUGGCUCACCAAGUGGCUUUGGGGAUAAACUUCCUCCACAGUAUGUCCCCUGCACUGCUCCACCUGGACCUGAAGCCCAGCAACGUGCUGCUGGACUCCUAUCUCAAUGCCAAGCUUACAGAUUUUGGCCUUGCCCGGUUUUACCACAGCGUCACACGGGCUUCCAAGAAGGACAGCGAAGGGGAAGGGGGGACGAUCAGCUAUAUGCCACCAGAGGCAUUUAACCUGUCUUACACACCCACCCGAGCCUCUGAUAUUUACAGUUAUGGUAUACUCUUAUGGUCCAUAGUCACAGGGAAACAACCAUAUGCAAAUGCGAUGUCCAGCAUAGUGCGGUUUCGCAUCCCACAGGGAGACCGUCCAUCGCUGGAUGAGAUCAGGGGCCAGUGUGCGGGAAGAACUGGGUUAACAGGACUGAUGGAGCUCAUGGAAAAAUGCUGGGAAGACAAACCCGACCAAAGGCCCUCCUCCCUUGAGUGUACAACUGUGACAGAAGAACUGUAUAAGAUGCACAAACAUGCAAUUGUUGAUGCUGUCCAUCAAGUGCUUAAGAGAUUGGACCAAAAGGAAGAAAUAAGAAUAAGAGAGCAGGUUGAGACAAUUAAUUUCAAUCAGGCUUCAGUGAAUACCAAAGUUGGAGUAACAGAUGUUUGUGACAACGUGCCGACAGGGCGCCCCCCAGUUCAGGAAAUGGCUGAUGGUUGGACUGAAAAUCAAAGAGACAAAUCAAGAGUCAAAGAUUCGCCUUCACCUCAACCAGCAAGUAUGUGUUAUGUUGGCUCGAGGCGCUCACCAACAGACCAUGAAGUGAAAGUGUCCUCUGUUCACCCCAUUCAAUCCUCACAAUCUUCUUCGAAUGGGAGGUUACCUGCAGAAAGAACAACAAAACCUUCUCAGCCAGACUUAAAGAAAAUCCUGUUUCCACCGUACCAACGUCAGUUUUCCAGCCCAGAGACUUCCACCUGCCAUCUUCCGCCUGCUGCAGGUGGAGUCAACAUCCACCUUAGCAAUGUGGUUGGAUUUCAGCAUGGCAACAACAACAACAUGCAUCUCUACACCACAGACCCCUUGGACAGGAAACGGCACCCAACAGCACCACCUAGCGUCAACCUCCUGCUUCCACAUUUAGGAAGCAGCAAGGACAAGAAGGGAGGAGUUGGCUAAGUUCUCAUUGUUUUCUCAUUGAGAGAAGCUCUUUGUAUGAAGGUGUAACUGCAUUAAAAAAAAUAAUUUUUGUUUUUUUAAAUGCAGUUACAAAUCUGUCAAAUCUGGACAGGAUUCAGAUAUUGGUUAAGCAGCAUGCAGGUGUUUAAAAUCAUGUAUUGGUAUUUUUUUAAAAGUAUUUAUUUUGCUUCUUUUGUUGGAAAAUUUUAAGCCAAUGAGCUUCUCCUCACACCACCCCUUUUGCCCUGUCAGCAGUUUAAAUAUGUGCCAUGUCUGGUCAUAAUCUGGCAGAUUAUUAAUCAAAACAGCUUGAUGUAUGUCUUAUUUAUGUCUUUAUAGUUUUUAUAUAUAUAUUAUGUUGUAUAGUCUUACUACCAGGUACACAUGAAGUGUCAGAAAUUUAGUAAGUCCUUAAUACUUUAAGCAAUUUUCUAAUACUGGAAUCUAUACCCCCUUCGGUAUAUCUUUUCAAAGUCAAAAUUUGCAGGUAUUAUUUUUGAUCAUGACUGGCUACAUUCUCUUGCACAGAAAUAUUGAAUUAAAUUGAAUCAUCAAAAUAUACUGUGUAUAUACUUUUGGAAAGUACAAAUGUUUAUUUUUUGUGCUUACUGCAUUUAUUUGGCUAGCUAUGCGUACUUUUGUGGGUACAUCUUUACAAACUCAUUAAGUGCAGCCAAAAAAAUGUUUAAAGUGCCCCAAAGAACUUCCUUAUACAUUUGAUAUGUUUUUAAAGGAUCUUUGAAAUGUACAUUUGUUUUUAGUGUUUUUUCAAAAAAUGUCAAACACAUGUUUUUUAACACGUGUGUGUGUGUUUGCAAUUGUGCACAAGAGAUCCAGAGUUUUGCAGUUGAUGUAAUGGUGCAACCAUAAAAUUUUGGCAUCUUGAAUACUUCACUUAGUACAAGACUGGUGUAGCUUCAAUGAAGUGUUGGAACGAACGUGUAUGCAAUAUUCAUGUCGUACUGUUUUGCAUUAUGCGAAAAGAAUGGCUUUAUCUUAAUGGAUAAGUCUGGUGUUAUUCUAUGUUUUUGUUAUUGUCAACAAAUCCCACAAAAAGACCAACAACCAUGUACUUUCUGACUUCCCUACCCUCUCUUUUUUUAAGGCUCAGGCAUUUCCUAACACUGCUGGACACAAUUUUUAGCAAAUGUUACUCAAACAGGACUAAAUGUUAAACUAAUAUGUGGGAUAAACACAAAGUAAACUACAGAGGACAACAAUGGAGCUCAGUGCAGAGGAAGAAGAUAAAUUAGAUACACAAUCAUACUUGUUAGUAGAAUCAAUUUAUUGUUGUUUUGGUCUUUAAAAUGAUUUGUUGACUAUAAGAAAUAUAAAAGCAUCUCCAAUACUUAUCCUUAAUUCCGAAGGUACUUAAGUGGAAAUUUACAGAAAGGGAAACAUUAAGAACAUUUAUUGUAUUAGUUAAAAAGUACAAUUUACUAAG